GAAUGUUUGCAAUCGGCCUGCUCGCCACAAUACUCGCAAUUCUACUUAUUUGUGCCAUCCGUCCAAUAGCCGCACCGGCUAGUCCACUUACCACGGAAGAGCUCAGAUUUUUAUGCCCGGAAGAGAGGGAUUUUUGCCAUGAACAUUCUAAACAAGGAUUUUGUUAUGGUAAAUCAAUCAAGGCCAAACUCUUAGCUAAGCAAUGCAAAUGCAGUUGCGCAAAUGCACAUCACAGACGAAUACAAAACUGCUGCAGGACUGUAGGAGAUCAUGACAUGAGGUUCUGUCUCCCACUGUGUGGAUAUAAUACAACAGCUAAAGAUCUCGGGAGUGGUUUAGGAGUAAAAUGCAUAACUCAACUGACUAUUUGGACUUACUGUGCUGCAGGCGUUCCGUCCGAAUGUGCCAGUUUUUGUAGAGGAGAUGUGCCAACAUGUGAUAUGAGCUCAAUUUUCUCAUAUCAGCCAUGCCUUAAGAACCUGGACAAAAUUCUUGAAUGUCAAAUGGAAGAUCUUGCUCCAGAGCCACAUUUUAAUAAAGAAUGGAGGCCUAUUUGUGAUUGGCAGAAUUGAAAUAAUGUUAUAAAUUGUGAAUGUUUCAAGUUUUUGAUAAAGUUAAACAAUUGAGUUGUUAGUUUAAAAUCCUGG